UUUGAAAGGGUUUUAAAUCUAGCUAAUCAAGUAAAAUGACUCCAAAUCAAGCAAUUUUAGCAUGUCAAAGUCAACUCUAAUCAUAUAAAAUGUAAUUUCCCAACAUCAAAAUUGUGGCCAGUGAAAAUUCUGAGUGGCUAGUAACUUUGGAAAACCACUAGCCAGUGGCUGGUGAGCAGAAAAGUUAAUAUCAAGCCCUGGACCCAACUAACAUCUGCAGUUCUCCAACUUUCAAUAAAUCAAUAAAAAACUUUCAAUAAAUUAAAUCCUUACAGAUUGUUUGUCAAACCAUGCUCAUCUUCACUUUAUUUAAAGUUCUUCAUUAUUGCCCAGAUAGUAUUAAUGGGCAUUUCAACCCCAAAACUAUUUUCUUAUUGCCAUUUCCUGAUUUGUGCAGUGCAAAAACUUGCAAAAAAAUGCAUCAAUUCUGUCUCUCAGGUCUUUCUCAUAGUAAUGGAUGACUAUAGGAAUUUGGCCUGUGUGUCACCUCAUAUCUAGAGGCCAGUGAAACAGAAGGUUAUGGUCUACCACUUAUAAGCAGUAAGGUGAACUUAAAAAUAUGCCAUAUGUAUGGGAAUGUACUUUUUUCCAGAUUUUUACUUGUUGCAAUGUGUAACAUGUCAGUAAUUUUCACACAUUGUUUUUCUUCAUAUAAUAAAGGUUAGAUUUGUGUGAAUAUUUUGAAUUAAGACUAAGAGAAGAAACAGAAAAAGCUAAUUUUUACAUUCUGUUUUGUUCAAAUUUACCAAGGGUUCCAAUAUUUUUGAAAGAUGUUGUGUUUUCAGUAACGUUUACCAUAUAUUAGCAUUGUUUUACUCCAUCUUCUAUGUGUUAUUUGGCAUAAGUAAUAUAUGUAUUGUAAAGCAUCAGUACCUCUUUCAUUUAUUUAUAGCCUUGGGACCAUACUGGAGGUCUUACUGAAAUCCACUUCUCUAUCUAGAGAAUCAGUAUGGCUUUUAUGGUGGAAAAUAUUUUGGUAACUCAGAGGUUGUAGGUUUGCAUCACACAAGGUGUAAUACACAAGUUGUCAUAAACUCCUCCAUUAAUAGUGAACUGUAAGUUGCUUUGGACAAAGUAUAUACUCAAUGACUACUUACUGGAAAGUAGUGAAAGUUGUGGUCUUAAUAAUGUGUAUUUUAUGCUGAGUCAUAAAAACUUAUGUGUUGCAUCUAUUUUUCCCUCCCUAGAUGCAUGUCCAUUCCUGUGACUAUGCGCGCCAUCCGACGCAAGGCAGAGACCAUUCAGGCAGACACUCCAGCAUUGUCCCUUAUUGCUGAAACUGUUGAAAUUAUGGUGAAGAAGAACUUGCCCCCAACUGGUAGCCCAGGUUACAUGGGAAUGGGUACAGGGCCAGAUGGGACCAACCCAAUGGGUCUUCCUGGUUUAAGCAGUGGGACCAACACUGCAGGAAGCAGCAGUGUUGUGGGUGUAGGAGGAAGUGGUUCUUUCCAAGGCCCAAUCACCUCACUUUUCAACAUGGGUCGUACUGGUCAGGGAGGCUCAUGUAUGGACACCAUGGGACAGGUUGGAGGCCAGCAACAAGCAAUGCAACAACAACAUCAACAAUCUCAGAGCCAUGGUUCAGAUGACUUUAACAAAGUCACUCAAAAUCCAAUCCUAACCAGUCUUCUGCAGAUAACAGGCAGUGUUGGGUCCAGUCCUACUCCCCAGCCAUCUCAGCCCCACCAGACCCCACCAACAACCACCUCACCGGCAAGCAACACCAAAAACCACCCUAUGCUGAUGAACCUACUGAAAGAUAAUCCCUCACAAGAUUUUGCUGCCUUGUACAGCAGUAGCCCUCUAGAAAGACAGAACUCAUCUGGGUCCCCACGGACAGAUAGCCAAGGGCAGUCUUGCCCUGGUACCAAGGGCAAGAAAAAGCGUCCAAGAGGCUCUGAUAAAGGAGUAAUGGGAGCAGGUGGCGGAAUGAGCAUGAAGCAACAAUUGCAGCAGCAAGUGGGAGGCAUGACCCAACAGCAUCAUCACACACACCACUCUGAAGACGAUUUCCACCGAGAGCUUUUCUCUAUGGACGUUGAUGCCUCCCAGAACCCCAUUUUUGAUGUUAGUCUUCCGGGUGAUGGACUUGACACUCCUCAUAGUAUCACUCCAGCUCCAAGUCAGUGUGGGACACCUCCUUCAGGUCCUGGAAUGCCAUACCACCCACACUGUCAUGUCCAACCACAGACACAAGUCCAGUCUCAGCCACAAGGAUCCAUACCCUGUAUGGUCCGCCUCUCCAGCUCUGACAGUAUUGGGCCUGAUAUCAAUGAUAUUCUCUCUGAUAUUCCUGACCAGGCCAACAAAGGAAGCAAUAGCAGUCAUGGCCAACACCUCAUGGCCGGUGAAGAAGGAGGUUCCAUGGGAACUCCACUCCGGGAUUCUUCCAGUUCAGGCCAAGGUAGCACAGUGUUUGAGGCAGACCUGUUUAAUGCAAAUAGCAAUGAAAAUCCCUUUACUGAUGCAGCAGACUUGAUUGCAGAAGCUGCUACUGCAGCAACACCCAAUAGUGAUUCUUCCUCAACUAAUUUCUUCCCAGACACAGACUUCAACCCAGAGCUUUUAUCUGGACAGGGAAGCUUUUCACAGACCUAUUUUGAAGAUAGCUCCCCCAGCCCUGACCCAGAUCUUGAACUGGUUAAAAGUUUUAGUGGAGGAAGUCAGCAGAAUACUCCUACAGGCACACCACAAAAUCCUGCCUCACACGGCCAAAAUACUCCAGAGACUUCAUUGAAAGACCCUUUUGAAAUGGGUAUUUUUGUUGGAAAUGGUGCUGGAGGAAAGCCAAUACUGGGUCCAGCAUCAGAUAUGGCAGACUCACACCCUUCUCAUACUGGUGGGGGCCAAAGUCCACUCAUGAUGGGCAUUGUGGUAGCUGGUAAUGAUUUUAAAAGUGGUGAUACAAAGGUUAAACAGCAGCAGAUGAGGGCAAAGGAAGAUCAUGGAGGAGGAAAUUCUGGAAUAGGAAUGGGGAGUGUAUGCUCUUCUGAAAUGAAGCAGGUAAAACGCAGUCGUACUCCUUCAAGUGAGGGCAAAUCAAAAGACAAAACAUCAAAACGCAAAAAGCUGGAUCCAGAUGGCAAGUCACCUUCACACAGCUCAGGGGGUCGACCUUACACUCCUCCUUCUGGGAGUGCCACUUCCGGAGGAUUGGUAAAUGCGGGUGGAUCUAAGUCCCCUGGGAGCUCAGGCAGGUCUCAGACCCCACCAGGAGGUGCUACUCCACCAAUCCCAAAAAUCACUAUACAGAUACCCAGGACUUUAACUGGAGGAAAAACGUCAUCUCAUGGAGGCUACACAUCAAGUAGCUCAACAAGUGGAAGCACUGGUAGUACAGGUGGCACAAGCAAUAGCAAAAGUCACCAUUCCCACUCUUCCUCUUCUUCAGGGAAGAUAAAAAGUAGUAAACUUGAAGGAUCUGCUGGGCAAGGCAAUAUUCCCAAACCAUCAAGCAUUGCAGGUCUUGGAAGUGGUAUGCCUUCUCAAUCCAAAGGAUCUUCCAUGGGAAUGGGCACAGGCAAGCAAUCCUCCUCUCCCAUAACAAAGCACGGUUUGUCAGGCUCAGUCAGUGGUAGCAGCAGUGGAACAGGAAGUGGAAACAAAAAUAAGCCCCAAGGUGGUAAGCCUCCUGGCUCACUCAUGAAUCCCAACAUCAAGCCCAACAUAUCACCCUCACACUCUCGUUCUGGAAGUUCAGACAAGCUGUCCUCUCCAAUGAAACUUCAACAAGGCCAGGUGCCUGGAACCCCACCCUCAUCUAAGGCUAAAUCCCCUAUUGGCUCAGGUAGUGGAGGAUCAGGAGGGUCCAAGUCCUCUUCAAGUGGUGGAAUGGGUACUCAAAAACAGUUAGGCAGUAGCUCAUCCACAAGCACUUCUACAUCUACUUCCUCUGCAAGCUCCUCCUCAUCAUCUGGCUCCAUGCCCUUUUCUUCAAGUGGUCAUUCACAGUAUGGGAACAGUGGUGGGAGUUGCAGUGGUGGAGGAGGUGGUGGCAGUGUAAGUAACCCUAAUGCAAAGGGAAAGUCCCCAAGCCGAAACAAAAAGCCAUCUCUUACCGCAGUCAUUGACAAACUGAAGAGUGUAGGUAGUGGGGGCAUUGGUGGGGAGGAGGGUGAAGGCUGUGGUGGCACUGCAGGUGGGGUAAUGCCACAAAAUGCUGGUCCUACAUCCUCCAAGCAUGGUAUGUCCUCCCAGGGAGGUGAUUUUCUGAGCAAGCGAGACAAGACAGACAAAGAUGGCAAAUCCAAGGUGUCUGGAUCAGGCAGCAAUUCUGGUGACAAGAAGAUGAUUGAUUCUAAAAGUAGUGCAGUGACUGGCACUGGUGUGGCAAAGAUUAUUAUUAGCAAGCCAGAAGGGGGUUCUCCAAGUAUUAAAUCUAAAGUAACCCUUCAGAAACCUGGAGAAAUUUCUGGAGAUGGUGCCAUGCGUUCCCAGCACUCAGGCCACAAAGCAUCACCCCUUUUUAGUGGCUCUACACCAAAACAUGACCGCAGCUCCCCAAGCCACAGCCGUUCUCCUGGCUACACGCCUGUAAAUCCAGACAGUGAGAGCGAGUCUGGUAGCAGUUCAGUUGCUGAAAAGUCUCAUCAGAACAGUCCUAACUCUGAUGAUGACCAAACUAUGAGACCACACCAACCCAUGCAAGACUACAUGAGUUCCAUAUCCAUUAACCAGAGUGAAAAACACAAGAAACAUAAAAAAGAGAAGAAGAAGCAGAAAGAGCGGGAUAGGGACAGAGAUCGAGAUAAAGAAAAGAAAAAGUCAGCAAUGUCUUGUGGGCCAUCCUCUUACACAGCAAAGACAGAUGGCUGGUCCAGAUCCCCUAUAGCUUCAGAAACUUCAAUGCUGUUGCUUAGCUCUGAGCGGUCCUCACGUCCAAGUCCUGUGUAUAUGCAUACAGAGGAUGAUGACCUCAUGGACUCUGCCUUAACAGGCAAUCUAGAACCUUUCAAAUAAACAAUAUGACUUUAGUUUGUAGAUCCAAAUGAAUACAGCUGACUUUUACUAUAAUUCCUUUUUUAUUACAUUUGAAAUCAAAAUAUUACAUGAUAAUUGUACCUUCACCAUUUUUAAUGUGGACUUAAUUCCUGCAAAUCGUAUAUUGCAAAGAGGGAGAGUUCUGGUAUUUUGAUAGAAAUAUCUUCAGGUUAUCAGUUUUUAUUUGGGG